AUGGGCCCUCCCAGAGACCGAAGCACUCCCAGGGGCCGUCCCAGGGACGGUAGCACCCCUAAGGGCUCUCACAAGGACACCAGCACUGCCAGGUGCCCUCCCAGGGAGAGCAGCACCCGCAUAGGCCCUUCCAGGGGUGGUGGAGCAGGCAAGGGCGCUCCCAGGGACAGCAGCACUGCCAGGGGCUCUCCCAGGGUCAGCAGCGCCCUAGGGGCCCUCCCAGGGACUGGGGCACCAUCAGAGACCCUGCUAGGGGCGGUGGCGCCCUCAGAGUCCUUGUCAAGGGUGCUGUCACCCUCAGAGGAUAUGCAAGGGGCGCUGGCGCCCCCACAGGCUCUCACAAGGACAGGGGUGCUCCCAGGUGCCCUCAGUGGGACAGCGACGCCCCCAGGGGUCAUGCAAGGGACAGAUGAGCUCCCCGGGGCGGCACUGACAUCAGGGACCGUACCAAAGGUCCCCCAGGGAGCUCUAAAUAGCGCAAAAAUUACUGCAACCAGGGGCCGUCCUUGUGAUGGGAGCGCCCCCAGGGACCGUGCCAGGGGCAGUGGAGCUACCAGCAGCCCUACCAGGGGCGGCGCUCUCCCCAGGGACCGUACCAAGUGUCCCCAGCGGUCCUAUGGCAUGCUUGACGGCGGCACCUGCACAGAGCCAUUCCAGGGACAGGAGUGCUUAGCACCCAAGGGACAGACACCUGCCAGGGGCUCUACCAGCGAAAACGGCGCCUUACGGGCCCUCCCAGGGACGGUUGCACCAUCAGAGACCCUACUAGGGGCGGUGGCGCCCCUAAGGGCCUUGCCAGAAACGGAGGCGCCCUCAGAGGCCUUGUCCUGGGCGCUGGCGCACUCUGAGGACUUGCAAGGGGCGCUGGCGCCCCCACAGGCUCUCACAAGGACAGGGGUGCUCCCAGGUGCCCUCAGUGGGACAGCGACGCCUCCAGGGGUCAUGCAAGGGACAGAUGAGCUCCCCGGGGGCGGCACUGACAUCAGGGACCGUACCAAAGGUCCCCCAGGGGUCCUAUAG